UACUAAUCUCAACUAAUAGCACCCAAAAAUGCCAAAAAGGGGGCUAAAAAUGCAACAAUGAGAACUUUGCAAACCAAAAGUGCAACUCAUCCAAAAAAGAAAGGACUCAAAUGAAAAAGAAACUACACAUUUUUCAUUUUCCCGGGCAAACUCGACCCUAUAAAUAGAAACCAAAGAGCAAUUCGCCGAUUGUUUGCCGAUUAUUUACCGAUUUGUGCUGAAUUUUGUUGUUGUUGAAGUAAUUAAGACGGAUAUGGAUGAACCGUUGGAUUUUGAAUUUGAAGAACCCUCGUACGUUAGCCCUACUGUUCUUGCUAAGCAAAAAAAGUAAGAAGAAGGUGAUCGGCUUAGAUGAUCUUCUCAGUGACUUUUACCAAAUGAAGAACGACAUACCUAAGAAGGAAUCUAAACGUGCAAAGUUCCAGAAGUCUGACGAAUCAGAUGAUGAUAUGGAUACCCGAGAAGCAGAGGUUUAUAACUAUGUUAACAAAUGCCAACAACAGAUGAAUGAAAUAAGCAGUGAUGAUCAGAUGCCACUAUGGGGUUUUCAAGUUUUUGGGAACCAGAAAGCUAUGCCCGCGCUUACAUUUCCCGAGCUUAGGAGUUGUGUCCUUUUGCAGUCCUUUAUGGAGCACACAGUUAAUUCAUUGUUGGAACUCAAAACAGAAGGAGGAGAAGAAUUUCUAGAGGGAUUGCUUGUGAACGGUUGGCUUUUGAAAUUGGUCACAAAUCAUGGUCGAGUUGAAAAGUGCAUAGGAGCAUGGACAUUUAAUCUCAUGUUAUAUUCACCAAAAGAAGAGUUGAGGGCAGCAGCUUGUGAAUUUUGGUGUUCUAUUCUUUUACCUAAAAAUCAGGUUGAUGUUGUAAUGUUUGAGAUGGAAUGGUUGCCAAACUAUUCAGAACUGAGGCAAGCACUUGAAGUAUAUGGCUUUCUGUUGGAUUUCCCUUCCAAAUCUUCAUCCAGCAUGGAAAUUGUGGAUGGAGCUUCUGAUUCUGCUGGACCGCCUCAAAAUAUCAGAUCCUGGAUAAAGUAUGUUUCUGUUUAUUGCCAAGCAAGGACUAAACAUUCAGUUUUCUCAACCUCAGAAGUAGAAGAUCUGAUUACCUCAGUGAUCUGUCUCUUCUUAGAUCGGCAACUUAUUGGCCUAUCUUCAGUGUUGACGGAUUGCUUGCACUCACUUAUUAGCUUCUUUAGUGAUGAUGCAUUCCAUUCGAGCUGUCAGAAAAUAGCAAAAUCCCUCACCUGCAGAGUUCCUACUGAUGUCAACUGCUUGCGAGCUGUGGAGAGCGUAGCUGGACUGGGUGCUCGUUCCAAGCAUCUGAGGAGUGUGCUGGCCUUUCAGUUUCUUGUAGCCUGUUUUGAUGACAAGCUACAUGAUGAUGAACAGAUCUUGAGAUCUCUAAUCUCGAUCAAUCUGAAGGAUAAGAAUUGUGAUCUUCUCAAAAUGUAUAUUCACCUUGUUCUGGCCGAGAACUGGCUGUUUUGCAACCCGUUGUUAAAAGAUAAACCAGUACUCGGUGAGAUGUGGAAUUUGUGCCUUAGAAACUGUUCCUGUCAAAUCCCUAGCACAGAUUUGCGGUCUUAUGCUUCUAAGGUUCGUAGUAAAGCAUCAUAUCUUCUUCAAGGCAGCAACACAAGAUGAGUCUGUCCUUUGCGCAUAAAAUACAGUGGAUCAGGCGGGGUGACAAAGUAGCUCACUCUGAGCAUAAGCGAUCGGUAUGUUUGAUGUAUAAUCUACACACUUGGGAUUCUUUAUCGAUUUGCGAUGAAACCAGAAGAUUCAGUCUAGCAUCAAAAGAAAGUUGAUGUAGCUCAUGAUGCAGUUCUUGUUGAAGGCCCAAUCGAUCUGCUGGGUUCUGUUGUCAUUCUGGCCCCUCAUUAGAUGGAACAUUGUUAUAUGCAGUUUUUGCACUGUAUAGUUAAAUUGCACUGAUUUUGCCUAUUAAAACUGUUUCUUCCAACUGAUGCAUAUGCUAUAUUUCCAAAAUCAAGUGAUUUAUGCAAGUUUAGCCUUUUUUAGGCACCUAU